AUAGUGAGUUGUUUAUUUAGAUUUUAGAACAUAACUGAGAAUCUGUCCAUGCAGUAUGAACGUGGAAAAAGAGGAACACAAUAAAGACAGUAAAGGAGGGUCGAAAGGGGAAUACAAUCCCUUCGAACACCGGGAAGUCGAAAAGCCUAAUUCUGACAUAAGGUCAACAGCUAAUUUGAUCAAAGCAUCGUUAGGCUCCGGUCUGCUGGCCGGACCUCUCGCUUUUUCCAACGCAGGAUGGGGCAUAGGAAUUGUUGGGACUAUACUAAUGGGUGUAAUAUGCGGGCACUGCAUACACAUUCUAGUAAAAACGUCCCGAGGGUGUUGUAUUGCAGAAAGAAAACCUUUACUGGGAUAUGCAGAGACAUGUAAAUCCGUUUUUAAAAACGGGCCUAAGGGUGCCCGACCUUUUGCCAAUAUUGCAAGCGUGUUUGCAGAAUUUUCUCUGAUGUGUACGUAUGUGGGUGUGUGCUGCAUAUACACGGUACUGAUAGGAGAUUCGAUGAAACAGCUUUUUGACAAAUACGUACCUUCGGUGGUCUUACCCGUGGAGUAUUAUUGCUUGAUCACCCUUAUACCACUGUGUCUGAUGUGCCAAAUAAAAUACCUGAAGUGGUUAGCCAUUUUUUCAAUAUUGGCAAACAUUCUGCUUUUCUUGACAUAUCUCUUCUGCCUGUAUUAUAUUUUCAAUGGAGAGAUGAACUUCAGCGAUAAAAAAGCAAUUGGCAACCCUGCGAGAUACCCAGCAUUUUUAUCGACAGUUAUUUUCGCAAUGGAGGGUGUUGGAGUAGUUAUGCCAGUGGAAAAUGCGAUGAAGAAACCGAAGCAUUUCCUAGGUUGCCCGAGCGUCCUCGUGGUUUCCAUGGGAGCGAUUGUGUUUCUCUACGCCUCUUUGGGACUCUUUGGUUACUUCCGCUACGGUGAUGUUCUCAGAGGAUCGAUAACUUUAAAUCUGCCAAUGGACGAGUGGCCAGCGAUAUGCGCUAAAGUGUGCAUAGCGCUUUCUAUUUUCUUCACCUACCCCCUACAGUUCUACGUCGUGAUCGACAUAUACACCAGGUACACCGAUCCGCGCAUCAAUCAGAAAUAUAAGGUUGUCACCCAGGUAGCUGCCCGCGUUAUCGGAGUGUGUUUUUGUGUUGGUAUCGGCAUAGCCCUUCCUCUUCUAGAACAGAUCAUCAACAUCGUCGGCGCAGCAUUCUACUCUAUACUUGGACUUAUCAUUCCGGCAACCAUAGAAACAGUAUUUCGAUGGCAUGACCUCGGGAAGUACAACUGGGUUUUAUGGAAAAAUAGCUUCAUAGUUUUAUUCGGACUCUUCUGUUUAAUUUCUGGUUGUACGGUUACAAUUUUAGAUAUCAUAAAGAUCCAACAUAGUAAAACCAUUUAGAUCGCUUUAUUUUAAGUUAUAUUAGCGAGG